AGCAUCAAAAAUGGCAUCCCAAGAGGAAAUCCUGCGUGAUGAACGGUUUAGCCGUGUUACGAGGGAUCCCAGGUUCUGGGAAAUUCCGGAAGAGGAGUAUAAAGUGAAGGUCGACAAACGGUUCCGGUCUAUGUUUCAUGACAAGAAGUUCAAGCUGAAAUACACCGUGGAUAAAAGAGGUCGCCCUGUUAAUUUCAGCACUGUGGAGGACCUCAGGAACUUUUAUGCCGUGUCAGAUUCGGACUCUGAGCUUUCAGAAAGUGACAGUAAAGCACAUACUGGGAAGAAAGCAAAGAAGAAGAAAGCCAAGCCCAAAGGAAAAGCAGAUGCUCCAAAAGGAAUUGCCGAUGUCAUUCCCAGGGAGGAGAAAAAAACAGGCAAGCAAGGCAAGGGCCAAAUAGGUAAAACUUCACCUAAAUUAGAUGACCAACAGAAUGAAGGAGAGAAAACUGCAUCUAAAUCCAAGUUGAAAGAAGACUGUAAGAAAACCACAAUUGCAGUUGAUCACUCAUCAAGUGGAAGAUCACGUUCAGUUCAAAGUGAGCAAAAGACUUUGAAGUCAAGUGGGACUAAACCAGUGAGGGCUCCUAGGACGGAACCUUCCCUAGGAGAGAAAGUAAAAGAAUCAGUGACUGUGGGCACAUCCACCUGUGACCAAAGUGACAUCAAUAAAAGUCAACUAGAGGAAGCAAUUUCUGGAAGUGAAGACUAUUCUGAAUAUGCAGAAUCUGAAGAAGAGGGGUCAGAAGUUGAUGAGGAAGCAGGCGAUGAAGAGGAGUCAGAAGAUGAGGAAACAGAUGAGGAGGAUAGUGAUUCAGAAGAUGAAGAAAGUGAUAUUGGGCCUGAUCUAGCUAGGGGCAUAGGGAAUAUUGAAACAAGCUCCGAUGACGACGACGAUUUCAGUGACCUAUUUCCAAAGGAACCAGAAAUUGAGCAUUCGUGGGGCGAGCUAGAUAAAGAUGCACCUCGUGGAGAUGAGAUUACAAGUAGAUUGGCAGUUUGUAACAUGGAUUGGGACAGGCUGAAGGCUAAGGACUUGCUGGCUCUAUUUAAUUCUUUCAUACCCAAAGGAGGCGUUAUAUUUUCUGUUAAGAUUUAUCCUUCAGAGUUUGGAAAAGAAAGAUUGAAAGAGGAAGAACUCCAAGGACCUGCAGAACUAUUUGACCUUCCAGAGAAUACCACAGAGAAAGACGGGCUAUAUAAGGAAAAACUGAGAGAGUAUCAAUUCAAGCGACUGAAAUAUUUCUAUGCAGUGGUAGAAUGUGAUUCUCCUGAAACGGCCAAUAAAAUUUAUGAGGAAUGUGAUGGAUUGGAAUUUGAAAGUAGCUGUUCUUUUUUAGACCUGAGAUUUAUUCCAGAUAAUGUUACAUUUGAUGAUAAGCCAAAAGAUGUAGCCUCAGAAGUGAAUGUAGCUGCAUAUAAACCAAAGUACUUUACAUCUGCUGGAAUGGUAACAUCAAAGAUAGACAUCACAUGGGAUGAGACAGAUCAUGAAAGAGUAACAUCACUUAGCAGAACUUUUAACAAAGAGGAGCUUCUUGACAUGGAUUUUCAAGCUUACUUAGCUUCAUCCAGUGAAGAAGAAGAAGAACAAGAGCAAGGUAGUGAUGUAGCUCAUGAAACAGAAAGUGACAAACCCAAGAAAAGCCAAAAAGAUGAUGAAGAACAAAUUGCCAAGUACAGGGAACUUCUAAAAAGUAUCCAAGAAAAGGAGAAAAAACAGGAAGAUGAUGAUAUAGAAAUGGAAGUUAAAUGGGUUCCAGGCCUUAAAGAAACUGCUGAAGAAAUGGUCAAAAACCGGUUGGAAGGAAAGGACAACCUCACUCCAUGGCAAAAAUAUUUAGAGAAGAAGAAAGAAAAACGAAAUCUUAAAAAAAAAAGAAAGACUACUGCUGAGAGCAAAUUGAGUGGAGAUGAACUUCCACCUGAUGUAGACCUCAGUGACCCAUACUUUGCUGAAGAGCUUGGGAAAACAGAUUUAAAGAAGAAGGGAAAAUCAGCUGAAAGUGCUCCAGAAGAUGAAACGGAAGUUGAAAACCAGAAGGCUGAAAUGGCCCUACUUAUGAUGGACGAUGAGGAUGACGGCAGAAAACAUUUUAAUUACAAAAAGAUUGUCGAACAACAGAAUUUGAGCAAGAAGAAAAAGAAACUCUUAAUGAAAAAGAAAGAAUUGCUAGAAGAUGACUUCCAGGUAAAUGUUGCUGAUACAAGAUUCCAAGCCAUGUUUACUUCCCCACUAUUUAAUUUGGAUCCUUCAGAUCCAAAUUUCAAGAAGACAAAAGCAGUAGAAAAGAUCUUGGAAGAGAAAGCUCGCCGAAGAGACCAGAAGCAGCAAGGUCUUGAGGAGGCAAGUGAAGGACAGGAGAACAAGAGGGUAAAGAAGGGAGAAGUGGAAACGGCAAAGACAGAGAAAAAGGAAAAGAAAUCCAUAGAUCCUGCCUUAUCCAUGCUAAUAAAAUCUGUCAAAAAUAAAACUGAACAAUUUCAGGCAAGGAAAAAGCAGAAAGUGAAAUAACUGAACUUUU